UGUUCUAUAAGCUUUGGGUGCUUUCAUUGAGAUCUUCAGAAUUAAUUUUAAUACAAAAUCAUCGCGCAUUUUAUUUGCUGUUUUGUGGAUAAAACACUUUGUUGCGAUAGUUUUGUAAUACAUAAAUAUAUAUAUUGCACAGACUUUAACCACUCAUCAAGAUUUUGCAAAGAUCUAAGUACAUGCGAUGAGAUAAUGGCCAUGAUAAAUUGAACGGAUUAUUUCAAAAGCAUAACAAUGUGUAACGUAUAACGUAUGCAUAAUACUGGUAUGUGCGCAUGCAUUUGCCAUUCUACUGCAUGCCAUGGCGUUCAGGUGAUCUGUAAUUUUCCUUCCACUUGUGUAUUGGUGAACUGCAAACUGUCCGUGACCCAUACGCCUGUGCAGAGAAUUCGAGUCUGUGUCCACUAAUAUUCAUAUCAUAUCAUUUCUGUUUAUGCCAGCGCGGUAUCAUGCAGGAAGGGGAUCAGACCGGUGAAGCAAUACCAAAUAUCUCGCGUUCUGAUCAAGGCUAACCAGUCUUUUCACAUUUGAACAAUUCAUCUGCUUUAUGUUUAGAGUAAAUCUUUCACGAUACCCCGAUUACUUCCAAUAGAAUGGGAGUGACGAAUGACGCCACAUCUGGGAAUUUGAAAUUGGUCAUUUUGAAGUCUGGAGUAUUUUGACCGUCGAUUUAGGUAUCCAAUCGUGAAAGCUACAGCAAGAGAAGUGCGCAAACUGAGGCAAACUGUUACUCGCAUGAGGUACUUCAUCCUAUUUUCUUCGUAGGAGCCCAUGCCUUGAAUUUCCAUUGAUUUGCUUAUUGCAUGCAAUUUGGUGGGCAAAUUAUUACUCUUGUACCUGUGGUAUAAGUGCAUGUUUGCAUACAGGGAACAAAAACGCGGGACAAAAGUACUGAAUUAAAAGUUACUGCUUUUCAUCACUGAAGACGAAAAAAAUACUGGACCGGCUUGCAUGUGUUUGUUUACUUGGGAGUUUGAUCCGAUGAAUGAGAAGUUGUCCCAGGGGGGAGCAGAUCGGUGUCGCCCCAUUGUCCUGUUAUGUUACAGAAGUGGGCGGAUUGCGGUAUUUCUCUGCCCAAUGGCAGCCGCGACUCUCAUGAGAGAGGAGAAAGGCACUUUUCUGCCAUCCAAAAUCCCUUAAACCAUCAUCAUUCCGACUCGGGAACCGCACUCUGUAACAGCCCCUACCGCCGGGAGAUGACAGACUCAAUCUCCGCGCCCGCAGCACGUCCACGGCCCUGGGAGCUAGGAGCUGCGUAGCACGGACACUCAACGCCCGCAGAUACAUCACAGCGACCCGGGGAGAUCGCGCUUUUGUUUCGUGCAAGGGGACUUAAAGCGCGACGGGAAUAAGGAAUUACUUUUUUUAAAAAACACUCAGCCAGAAAGCAGCCGUUUGUUCAAUGUCAUCAUGAUCAUCUUUUCGUCGCGCAGUGUACUGCUGUCAGUUUACUACCCACAGAUUUUCCUCAUCCUGACCAGUGGUAGCUACCUGGCCCUGUCCUCAGUGGUGGCCUUGGGCGCCAACAUCAUCUGCAACAAGAUCCCCGGGCUGGCGCCGCGCCAGCGAGCCAUCUGCCAGAGCCGGCCCGACGCCAUCAUCGUCAUCGGCGAGGGCGCCCAGCUGGGCAUCAACGAGUGCCAGUACCAGUUCCGCUAUGGCCGCUGGAACUGCUCCGCCCUGGGCGAGCGCACCGUCUUCGGACAGGAGCUUCGAGUAGGCAGCAGGGAGGCGGCGUUCACCUACGCCAUCACGGCGGCGGGCGUUGCCCACGCCGUCACUGCCGCGUGCAGCCAGGGCAACCUCAGCAACUGCGGCUGCGACCGCGAGAAGCAGGGCUACUACAACCAAGAGGAGGGCUGGAAGUGGGGCGGCUGCUCGGCCGACGUCAAGUACGGCGUCGAGUUCUCCCGAAGGUUCGUAGACGCCCGCGAGAUCAAAAAAAACGCAAGGCGGCUGAUGAACCUGCAUAACAAUGAGGCAGGAAGAAAGGUCCUGGAGGACAGGAUGAAGCUGGAGUGCAAGUGUCAUGGCGUCUCGGGCUCCUGCACCACCAAGACGUGCUGGAACACCUUGCCCAAGUUCCGGGAGAUCGGCUACAUCCUGAAGGACAAGUACAACGAGGCGGUGCACGUGGAGGUGGUGCGGGCCAGCCGGCUCAGGCAGCCCACCUUCCUCAAGGUGAAGAAGACGCAGAGCUACCGCAAGCCCAUGGACACGGACCUGGUGUACAUCGAGCGCUCGCCCAACUACUGCGAGGAGGACACGUCCACGGGCAGCGUGGGCACGCAGGGCAGGCUGUGCAACCGCACGUCCCCGCACACGGACGGCUGUGACCUCAUGUGCUGCGGGCGGGGCUACAACACCCACCAGUACACUAAAGUGUGGCAGUGCAACUGCAAGUUCCAGUGGUGCUGCUUCGUCAAGUGCAACACGUGCAGCGAGAGGACGGAGGUUUUUACCUGCAAAUAGGGCACGAGGAGACUGACGUCGGAAACUGGGGGGGGCGGGGCCAAGGGGCCAGGCGGGGGAAAAAAUGGGUGGAGCAAGAAAGAAGAGAAGAUUUUGGGGAAACGGUAAAAGAUAAUAUAACGAAUGGAAUUUACAAUACCAGUUCUUCACGGCAUCGUUUUGCACAUCAGAAUCUAUUUGCUUUAAACAAAUUUAGGUUAAAUAUUGAUAAUUAUCUAAAUGAUAGAUAAAAGCCCACUUCUUUUCUUUUUGAAAAAAGAAUGAUGUGUUCUUAUGCACUGAUGUGUCCAGACUGACAGACUGAAAGUUGUGACUUGUAGGAUACAAAUAGUGCCCCAGAUGGGACUGUGCUGUUCACUCUGGGAUUUGUAGUUCUUUGUCAUGGGAAGGUUGUAAAGGAAACAGAGUGACUCCAACUCCAAGAAUGUCCACAUGAUGCAGAAUGAUGACAUCAAAAAGACAACAAAAGGAUUUUCUAUAGGAAAAAAAACUAAGCAAGAGUUAAAGAAUCCUUAGUAUACUGACUGAUCUUCUAGUCUAACAAACUCUUGAGGUGUUUUGGGGGAGAACACAAGUGACUAAGAGAAAAGAAAAAAAAAUCUACAAACUGAAACCCCUCUUCAAGCUGUGUUGAAAGGAAGAGCGCUUCAUUGGCUUGGUGCCUUUGGGUGUUUAUUGAACAUUGAAUUCAUCUGCAUGGGGAGUCCCUACAGUAAGCCCUCUUCUGCCAACUGGAAAAUGGUGGAGUAUGUUAGCUGUCCAGUCACACUGGAACUGUUUGUUUGAACACUGAAAAUAAAUUGUUUAUUUAUGUUAUAGUAUCUUUAAACAAAGCACUAACGGGUAGAAAUGUCUUAUUUUGUACUAAGUGUAAAAAAAACUUCUUAGAAACUCGACAGAAGGUGCGUAUCUCUUAGAACAUGCCCAUCCUCUCUCUCCUUACAGUUUCAUUGCUACUGGUGUGUUGACUUCAGAAACUCAAUAGAGUAUAGGUUCACAGCAGGUACACAGUUUAGUUCGCAGUGGCAUAGAGUGUUUUGCAGUCACAUAAACAAUAUGACUUCCUUUGGUUUAUUUUGCCUUUACAACCGUAGUAGUCAGUAGCAAGGAAACUGGUUCCUUUUUCUGCCAACAAAAAAAAAAAACCUUCCUCAAUCCAUUAAACGUGAAAUCAAUAUGUUGCUGGAUGUUGUUGUCGAGUGCUGCACUGAUAUAUUUUUUAUUUCUAUUCAGAUACAGCUCAAUUGAAAAUUAAAUAAAUAUCAUUUUGACUGAAUUUUGAGACUUCAUUUAAAGAGAACAAGAUUAAGUUCUUCAGUUCAUACGGACACAAUCUCUGGCCCAAAUGUUCUUAAAUCAACCCUCCCCACUUUCAUUAUUGGACAACUGUUUCUCUCUGGACUUCGUGGGGAUUUUGUUUUGCAUUAAGAAAAGUGCAAGCUGUGGGUAAGGCCAGUGAGGUAAAUAUACUUUGUAUUCCUAAUAUUGGAGAUUUAACUGUUGUCAUAUAUAGGCUAUAAUCUUUGAGUUAUAAAAUGUUUAUUUCUUAAAACCAUUUAAUGUUAUUCCAACAGUAAGGGCAUAGCUCAUUUAAUUAACCUUUCAAGGAGCAUAUCUGAAGCUAAAUGUGACCAUGAGUAAAGCCCACAGCCAAUGCACAGCAACCCUUCAGCAUGUAAGGCCAAAAUGUGGGAUUGGAAUGAUCUUAACUGAACAUUCCAAUGUUGAUGCUACAAUCACUACUGGUUAUUGAAAGCAAUGGAGUUCUAGAACAUUGACUUAGUAUUCAAGAAAAAAAAAAAAAAAACCUACUGUUCAAAGGGUUAAGGCAGUAAUAUUGGGUGUGCUGAAUUUUAUUACACUUUUAGAAGAACAUAAAUCAUAUACAAGUACCCUACCCUACAUACUAUCUAAAUACAACAAACAACUUUUUCAUUCUGAAUGCAAAUAAUACAAUAGUCAGUCUCAGCACUGACAAAGUCUUAGACUUGGAGUCAAUUAUGUAGGUUGGAAGAAAAGGGGCCAUGUUUAGAAGUCUUCUCUAUGGCUUUUAUGCCUCAAAAUACACUAGGUGGACAAAGCUGGGAGAGCUGAGGUCUGUUAAUUCCAGUGUUAUCGUCCCAUUAUCAGUCUCUCGUCUCCACAGAAAUGCCCUAGUUAACAUUCACAGGAACCCGCAGUCCUGCAAUGCUGAAUUCUGGGGUUGGAUGUGUCUGAAUAUAAAAUUCUAUUGUCUGGUACGGAAUUAAAAUAUCUUCACCACCGAGUUGGAAUCCGUCAUUCGAAGCCAAAAAUGAUACAGCAGACUAGCCCGCCCUGGACAGGGCUAUGGGAACCGUCUCCUCUCCUCCCCCCCCACCCCCCACCCCCCAGCAGAGGCCCAAAUCUAAGUGCCUAGUCUGGCUCCUGGCCCGGUUGAAAUGGACUCUGAAUGUGCUGAAAAGAAAAGUCUCAGGCCAGCUUUUGUUUUCUUGAUCAGAAAAACAAGUGUCAAGUUUUUGUUGUUUAAAAAAAAAAAAAAAAAAACCAUUCUGGAUGGAGUGAGCAUGUGCAAGAAAGGCAGAGGAAGUGCAAAGGAAGGCCUUUGAUAGAGACGAGCAGAGCUGGUGUUGGGAACGCUAGGAACACCGAUGGCAGAAUUCCGUAGACUGCAUCAUGGAUGACUGAAAAGGAUCCAUACCCUUAUUCACAUAUUUUGAUUAGCAGUUGUUUCCAUAAGCAAAGAAACAUUUGUUUUCCUGUCAACUGUUCCUUAAAAACACAGCUUUUAAUUAUGAUUUUAAUAUACGAUUAUUGUUUACAUAAAAUUUGGGGAGAAAGUGACAGAAAAUUAUACUAGUCUAUUUUAACGUUAAGGACUUGCCUGCGAUAGAAAACCUUAAUUAAAUCAUAUGGUAAUUUUUUCAGACUUAAAUAUCAAAUUUCACUGUGGCAUCAAAAUAGUGGCAAUAAAGCCCAACUCAUUAAGCCAAUCUAUUACCACAUGCCACUGGGAAAUUCACUACUUCUGUGGAAGAAAACCGCUUCCGUCAAAGUUGCACUAAGGUUUAUCACUUGAUAAUGUUAAAUUUAACCGUGAUUUAUCCAUGGAGUUUAUCCUUUUUAAUUGCAUAAACUGACUAACACAGGUGCAUUUUAAACCGAGCGUUUUUUUUGGUGCGGCCUUGCCACAGACGGUGAAUGGAGGGCCGCGCUACUUUAUUCAGUUGGUUUAUGCUUUCAGUCCCUUUUCCUGUAUCUGAAAAGCAUAACAGGCAGCCAGCAGAGCAGAAGUAAGAUGUGUUUUGUUAGUCGUCUGAAAGCCUGGGGUCCGGAACUGCAUAAGCUCCCCAAACUAUACCCCGGAUUGAGAAAAAUAAAUCCAUUUGUUUCCGACAAACAUUUUGUCAUUAAAAAAUAUGAGAUAGAGAAAACAGA